GCUUCGCCAUUGCAUCCCACCAGCUCACUCACCCAGACACACACGCAUCCAGCCACAUCAAUCCCACUCACAGAACAUCUUCUCUGUGCCAGGGGCACGGUCUCGCUCCUGUGUUGGCGCCACCAGGUCGAAACGCACCUCAGCCUCCGCAAUGCAAACGGAUGCCGGGAGGCAUUUCGACACACGAGCAAACACGGAGUCGCAACCACUCCUCACACAGUAUGCUAGUGUGUCGAAUAAGCGAGCGAUAGGCCGAUAGGCAGGUAGGCAGGCAGGUCGGUUGGCCACACGUCACACAGGUAAAAAUCCUCCCUGUCUGCAGGAGGGUUCAUUCCUCGAUGCCGGCCCUUCUCUCUGCGCUCUUGCGGGCCUCUGACUGCGCGUAGACCACCACCAGAAACAAGAUGGGCAGCAGCGUGCCCAGAAUUGUCGCGUAGAAGCCGCCUGCAUCACCACACAGGUUAGUUUGCUGCCACAGGGGCUGACAGAUGAGAUUGUUUCGUCAGCUUACCCUCGGUGACCUCCAGGGCGUUCAGCUGGGUUGAAAGCUCAUCCAGCAUCUGAACACACAUACAACAAGCACCACGCACGCCCAUCAAACGCCCUCCUCUCAUCUCAUCUGCGGCCAUUAGGUCUUCAGCUCACCCCAGUGUCAGCAUUGGCGAGUGCAGGAGCGAGCAUCGGUGCGGCCGCGAGGCCCUCGAGAGCGCGUCGUUCUGUCAGUCCGCUGCGGCCAGACCGUGCACGCAAUGCCGCUGGGUUGGGACCCACGAAAGCAGCGUCCUGGUUCUGGAAGGAAAAGCAUGAGACGGCCGCCACGAGGGCGCACAAGACCACUGCUCGGAGCAUCUUCG